GUGAGGUGGGUGUAUCAUGUGAGCGUCGAGCGACCUGCGGGGAUAUAAAUCAAGUCCGCUCCCCAGCCACCUUUCCAUCCAGCCUUCACCCUUCGCCUUCGUCGUCUCGCCACCCCAUUCAACCGUCCUCCAACGAUGAACACCAGAAGUCGCCGUCUCUUGUCCGGUGCUGCGAUCGAUCGCCUCGACCAAGAGCCCAUGAGAAUGCCGCCCAAGAAGAGAAGACUCUCCAGCGAUUGGAUGGACGUCAUCGACCGAGAGAGCGAUCGCCUCAGUAGUGGCUCUCCAUGUCGCCCCGGUCCAUCGACUGCCGCUGCGGCCGAGCGUGGUGAUGAUAUGAUCGGCGGAUCCUCUCCCCUCACUUCCACCUUCGGCAUGAGUCCGUCCACUCCUUCGUUUUCUCCGAUCACUCUCCCGUCCCCAUCCCCCUUGAACUCGCCCACCAGGCAGAGUGCUAUGGUGGUUGAUUCGCCCCCGCCUGGUGUCUUGGUGCGUCCACCCAGACCAGUGUUCAUUCGACACUAUUCCCAGCUGACGAUCAAUCACGGCUUCAAGCACGUCAACCCGGAUAGGCUUUUCCCGUACGUCGACGUUGAUCGGAGCUCUGAAUAUUGCCCAAAACAUCCUCUAUUUGUCAGUCUCCGCGAUAUUGUUCAACGCACUCCCGCACUCACUGCCUCGAUGCAGGCAAGACACCGCCGAUGCGGAAUGCGAGACUCAGUCAUCCAGAGCAUGGAAAAGCUUCUUUUCAACCAAUGCAACGACUUGAUCGACGACUGGUUCAAAAACUGGAAGUUCACUAAGAAGCAUCGUGGGAUUAUCAGGGAGUAUCUCCUCGUCCCCAAGCUCCGUCGUCAGCGCCGUAUGAUUGUCGAACAGCAAUGUGAAGGUCAGGCUGGUGAUCAACCCCCGCCCUAUCGGUACCCCAUCACCAGAAUGGAUUAUGCCGAAGCGCUCUUGCCCUAUAUCACGGUCAUCAUCAUCCAGCGCUUCUCUAUCAACAACUCCAUCACUCGCUGGGAUGACUUCGUCAAGCGCUUCCCAGGAGUGUUCGACCAAUACACCAUCAUAUGACCAUUUGCUCCUUCUCU